AUGAAGCGAGCAAGUGUGCAGUGUGAGGCUCCGGUUGGGCCCGGUAAUAUCGGUAGCUACGGGAUGUUCGGUGGCAAUGGAGGACACACCAACACGAACAACCGGAAACGACAGUUGGUGGAGUCGAGCGCAUUCGCACUGAUGGCUUUCUGUGUGGCGCUACUGUGCACCAGUGUGAGCGCUACUACGGAACCCACCCCUGUGAACGCGACCAGUGUUACGGAAUUUCCGGUGAGCAACUCCAGCACCGGACGUGCCAGCGCUCGGCCAAUGUUCUCCACCGGGAACCAUCUGUGGGAUGGGCUGAUUGCGGACUGUAUGCGCAAGCCAACGUUCGCCUGCAUACAGAAGAACGUGUACAGCUUCCUGGGAGAACAGCUGGAUGUGGAGAACGUGAACUUUACCAACCGCGUGCAGUUCCUGCGGAAUCGGGUCGAUUUCACCAAGUACGCGCGUGAGGUGAACGAUGCCGAGGAGGACAACGAAAACGAAAUCCCGGACGCUCGCAGUGCGUUCGAGCCGGUGUCACCGAUCGAAGAAGUCACUACGGCGCUGCGAGAGAAGAGCCUCAAGUUCAUGCUAACGCACGACGUCAGCAUCCAGAUGCCGGAGGUCAUGUUCGAUGGUGCAAUCUUUCGCAUCGAGCCACGUUCGAUCGAGGGCAACGGGAUGAUCGCGAAGCUGGAGUUCGUACCGCGCACCGAGCUGGCGGAGGCACGCGGCCACGGCACCCCAAGGAUCCUGUUCAAGAAGAUCAAGAAAUUCUUUCAGAACAAGCUGCUGCUGGCGUUCCUGGCGAUCGUGCUUGUCAUCAAGAUCAUCAAGAUCAAGGUGAUGUGGUUGCUGCCACUGCUGGUCGGUGUCGGUACGGCGAAGAAGCUGGUGCUGAAGUUCCUGCUGUUCCUGUUCCCGGCGUUGGCGCACAUAUUCAAGCUGUGCUCGUACUAUCACGCGUCCUACCACAAACCGAACUUCCACCAUCACCAGCACCACAUCAACCAUCUGCACACGUUUUAUCCACACGAGCAUGCUGCACCGGAGCUAAUUUACACGAAACCUCCCCGAGGCCAUCCGUCGGAAUUCUUACAUGGAGCACCCGUUCCACCCCAUACACACUAUCAGCCGGAAGUGAACUACGAAUUUACCGCUCCAGGGUUGGGCUCCGAGUUCAUUAGCGAUAGAAACUCGUACGUAGACACAUCGUUCAAGCCAAAGUACGAUGACUUGAACGAUAUCAAAGCAUGGGGUUUGGGCGAAAGCACAAAUACAUCAGCACCACAAUCAUCGCCAUACUUCACCUCGCCGCCCACCUCCCCCAAUGGUGCCGUCGGUGGCAGCGGCAGCUACAAUGUAAAUCCACUCACCAAGCACGCCGCCAGCAGAGUCCACAGUCCAAAACCAGUGUACGGACCACCGGGAUACAGCUCAUCCGCCCAAAAACGGAUCCCAACCGGGGCGGCCACCUCGAUCGCGGCGCAGUACGUGUCAGCACCCUCGGGGCCAACGCUAUCGGCGGAAGAACAGAUUAUACGCGAGGCCCAGCGACAGGAAGCGUACAGGAUAGCGCAGGAGCAGAAGCUAAUUUCCAAACAGCAAGCGAUCGUUAACCAGCAGGCCUACGCACAGGAAGGCGUCACACCGCGGCCAGUCGAUCCAUUCUACAGUCCCAUUUUGCAGCGGUUGGACAAGGUGUUCAAUUCGCUCGGCAUUGUUGACGAGAGCUGCCGUGAGCGGUUAGUCUGCAGCAUGUACAAGAGUCCUGUCAAGUACAGUCCACACAGCAACUAUGUAUCGGCAGAACUCAGCAGAGAUGCUUCGGAGCUUCAGAAACCAUCGUCAACGAAUGCGGCCGUUGUUCGAUUCUACCGAUACGUUCAAGCGGCCCGUGACGGUCAAGAUCAGCGCGAUUGUCAACGAAUCUACUCGCAGUGCACGAUAAAUAUGGAGAAGAAGAAAAAAUAG